GGUAAAGUUGUGUUCAGGUCUGGGUGGGAGCAGUCACGUGUGGUCGGUGACGUCACGCGGACAUGGCGGAGGCCGUGUCUCCACAGCGGCGCUUCUUCUGCCACCAGUGCGGAUGCGACGUGUGCCCCAAUCUCCCGGAUUACACAUGCCCCCGCUGUGAAUCGGGAUUCAUCGAGGAACUGCUCGCAGAACCCAGUGUGCAGACCAGCGCACCUAGAAGUCACGAUGAAAAUCCCUUGACAAGAAUUGAGGAGGUCCUCGACCAGAUGUUGUUGGAAUUCAACCCCCUGACGGGGUUGCGGCUGAUGACAUUCGGCUCCCCCUCUUCUUCAUCCACCUCGUCCUCGGCGUCCCGGCAGCACGCGAGCGGCACGGACGACGCGCAUGGGAGCUCGGCGCCAGUAUCCUCGUCGUCGUCAUCGGACGAGGGCGGGGUUGCGUCGGAAGUGGAUGGCGCAGCCAUCCAUGCGCCGGGGCACCAGCAUGCCGGUGCUGGGCUGGGUGCAGGGCAACAGCAGCAGCGAGCGCAGUGGGAGCAUUUCCACAUUCACACGCACGCGGGGCGUGUGCCGUCCAUCGAGGGAGUCAUCCAGCAGCUGCUUGGCAAUUUACUGGGUCAUCCGAUCACCGGCCAGCCCGGCGCCUCGUGGGGCUUUCUGCACUCAGAUCCUGGUGAUUACGCAUGGGGCCUGAAUGGGCUGGAUCGGAUCAUCACUCAGCUGCUGGAACAGCUGGACACAUCAGGACCCCCACCAGCUGACCGAGCCAGGAUCCACACGCUGCCCAACAUCACCAUCACGCAGCAACACGUCGACGCGGGUCUGGAGUGCUCCGUCUGCAGGGAGGACUUUGCGGAAACUGAGGUGGUACGGCAGCUGCCCUGCAAGCACAUGUACCACAAUGACUGCAUCGUGCCCUGGCUAGAGCUGCAUGACACGUGCCCCGUGUGCCGGAAGAGCCUGAAUGGUGAGAACACGGCCACGAACCAGCAUGCUUUUGCCGGCGCCACAUUCGGCGCGCCCGGCCCACCUGGAGGACCCGGGACGAGUCGCCAUGAGCAGUAGGACCUGGCCCGGAAUCUUCCCAGACAGGAGGUCCCCGCCCACCCCCAUUGCCCCUCUGUCCUCGCUCCCUCAUCCUCCAAUGCCCUCCUCUCCCCCUUCCUGGUGUGAAUCAGUGAGGUAUGUGUACGUAUGUUUGUUGGACUUCUUUCGCACCAUACGUAGCCAACCAUGCUAAUCGGAGGUGCAGGGGAAGGACAACAAACUAAAACACAAAAAGCAGUUUCUAAAAAAAUUAGUUUUCAAUUUAGAUUUAGGAGGUUAUAGCUCCAGUGGCUUUCGGUGACAAUCUUUGUACGAUAGCCAAAAGCCGCUGCGAGGUGGAGUUGUCUUGCUAGAGCAAGGGGAGUGGAAUUACUGUCAGCAGUUCAGCUCCUGGUUUACUUUUAUAGUUGAAUUAAGAGAAAUGGAUAAGACUAAUUCUCAUAUGAAACAUUUUAUUUAUUAUUGUUAAUAAUAAUCGGGUACCAAACGAUUGCACAAUGCCAAACACGAACCAGAAUCUGUAUAUUGAUACGACUUUCGGAACAAGAACGCAUACAAAAAUACAUUUUUUAAGAUGACAUUUUUUGCGAUGAAGUGGUUGACAAUAAUUCACUGUCAUUUCCAUCGCAAAGCGAUCAAAAUGAUGGGAUAUUUUGUUCAAAUAUAUGAUUGUUUUUUUUUACUUACUCGCACAUCUUAGAAGAGUUUGGCUACUAACACAGGGCACUGGUAGGGUCUCGUGUAGCCCCAGACUAAGAGUUUUGGUUUCCUUCUCAAACCAAGGCAAGUGGGUUCCCAUUCAUCCCUUCCAUUUAUAGAAUGUGCAUGCAUUUUUGAAAAGUGUCAACUGGAAGUGGCAGGGAAAAUACGUGGCCAGAAUUUUUUCCACUUUUGGAAAUUGCAUUGCCUUUAUUAAUAGAGAAUGGGGUAAAAAAAAUCGGCUGGCACCUUUGCUGACGCAUAGUCCUGUAGCAUUAACAUGCAGGUGCUGUUCAACUAUGGUCCGGCAUCGAACCAUAACCGGGUUAUUCUCAUAUGCAUAUCAAAGGAAAAUUCUGGUAGACCAUUGGAAUCCUGAAUGAUCCUGGGAACACAAGCGGCAAAUAUAUCUGUGGAAGCCCCCAGUCAAUAUUUGCUCAGUGGGGGGGUCACUUUCCACUGCUACACUAUAGUCUAGAACUCCCUUUCCCCUGCCAUCUGUGCAGUCGACUCCCUGCACAGCCCUGUUCAAGGUGAGGUUCAAGACCUUCAUUUUUUCCUCUGCCUAUGACUGACUGCCUCUAUAAAGUUAAUGUUCUCCCCUUUUUGUACAGUGUUGAGAUGCGGUCACAUUUAGACUUUAAAUCCACUUUGUAUUGUAAAAUAUAUUGUAGUCCCUAAGGAUGGCUUGGUGUGUAAAGGAUUGUGUGGAACCUGCAGCACUGUGCAUCCUUCACCCUGAAACAACAACAUGCUUUAAUUUCUUCUGUUAUCUGCUAAAACCAAAGCUCAUGUUCCAUUCCAUUGAAUUUGCUUCUGGCCAUUUGUAAGGUACUUACACCAAAACCAGCUUAUCUGGCCAGCAAUCUCCUACAGUUCUGUUUGCGCAGCACUGCUUGGUAGCAUUUCUGGAGAUUAUAAUUAAACAAGUUAAUAGUGCAGUUUUCACACAUUCGGUUUUCCUUGGGUCCAAGGUCCAUCGUCUUAAUUUUGUCUGCACUGGCUGCAGUGUAAACUCGCUGACGAUGAGAAAAAAACGAGGUGCACCUCAACCUAAAACCGAGGGCGGAGUGGACAAGCUUGUUGCGUGGUGUUUUUAUGUUGUAUAAGAAAACAACCUGUUCUCUGUUGACGCGUGACUGCUGCUCGUGAUUCCACAGCCGCUGGUGUGCAUCCCAUGGAAUUUUGUGAAAUUGCCACUGCAGUUUGGGGGGAAAGAAGUGUGGUGCACAUGUUCUGUCCUCACCCCAGCACCGUAGCCCACUCAACAGAGUUGCAUUGCCCAGUGGCAGAGGCCCGCAAUAAAUAUUCAAUUGGGCAUCUUACAGGUUUAGGAAAAAGUAAGCCAAUGCGAAGCACAUUUUUUUAGUUUUUAGUGAAUGCUCAUGCUUUGCGUAAAGAUGGUGUGUUUGAGUGCACAGCGGAUCUACGCAAUGCUUUUUGGUGAACACAUGCGUUGGGUUGCCUGUGUGUUCUUAUAUUUUGUUCAAGUCAAUUCCCGAACACUAGUACUCCGCACAACCCUCAAUAUAAUUGAGCCAGCUCUUUUUUUUAUAUUUCGAAAAAUGUUAUUUAUGCGCAGCACAACAACUGUAAAUGCACCGUUGUGCCCUGAAAAAUAAUUUUCAUCUCUCAAGACACACCUCGGGGGAGACCUACGAUAAAACUCUAGUCCAUGAGAUGUUCCCCCCCCCAACAGUUUCUGGUCACUGUAACUCUGGUGUUGGCAGAGAGGGAUCGUGCUCCGCUGGCUCACGGCGCCCACCGUCUUGAGUGCUGUGCGGUCGUGGUGGUCAUGUUCCCUUCCUGACUGCAUUGCUUCCGGUUCAGACUCUGCCGUGGUUUGAUUUGUGUGCGGUGGUCUUCCAUCUGCGCCGUCUCAUUUGACGGCCAUAGGUGACGGAGCCAUCCCUCGGAUACGGCGAAUCGGGACAACCGCCCUGAGCACCGUGCUUAAGGAGCUCCGCGCUUGGGAGUGACGGUGUCGGAUGUAAUCAUUUAAGUUUAAUUUGAAGGCGUUGGGGGACCCACACUGGGAUUUUCCCUGGACCCUGCUCCUGCAUAUGGACGACGGCCCUUGUGACAGUGCAGUUGGGUUAGGGAGACAGGCAGCUUUGGAUUGAGGGUGGCUCAUGCCAAAUGCCGCACAGUUUGAAAUCCGGUCGUGUGUUUAGUGGGCCUUAUUCUAUGCUGAUGGUCAGAUACAGAAUCUUUACUGUGUGUGUACAUGUACAAUCCUUUGAUCAAACCACUCGUGGAUAACAGUCCCUCCGCACACCGUGCUGGUCAUACAUGUCAAGUUACCAUCUCACCUGCUGGUUAAUGCGGGUUGGUGAAUGUGCAUUUGUCGGCUUGGCUGCAAUUUUUUUAAAUUUCAGUCAAAAUGAUGCUCUCGCAAUUAGGUUUGAUCGUCUGAGAUGUAUUUACGUGACGCAAACAAUUUUUUCACCUUUUCUACAGCACUUUCA